UUUUAUAUUAUAAUAACCAGAAAGAAAAUGAAGGACGGAAACAGAAAAGAAAGCGGAGGAAGGCGAAUGAAUACAUAGUUGUUUGUGGCCUCAGAUCAGAUCGAUAAGCAAACCCCAGAUUUUGUCUUUCUUUGCAGAUUUCAUUGCCGGUUUUCUUCCUUUCUCAUUGCUAGCUAAGUUCUUCAGCAUUCGUUCACUUAAUGGUUCUUGGUGGCAUCAAGAUUUGCAAGACCGCUGCCUGUAUGUGCUGCUAAACUAAUGCAACCAAUACCAGAACAGUAGAUCACCCUUUUCUUUUAAUCAUUUUGCUUUUACUUACACAUGACUUCAACCACGCUCUCCACAUCUCCACCUCUCCUUCCAAGGCCAUCCACCGAACCUACUCAACCCCCCGUUUCCAAUGACCCGCCAUCCUUUACCCCCAUCCAUGAUGCCUCUGAUAUCAACCAAAUAGAGUUACUCUCCGUGUCUUGGAACCAGGAUUAUGGCUGCUUUGCUGCUGGCACCUCCCAAGAUUUCCGCAUUUAUAAUUGCCAACCCUUUAAGGAAACCUUCAGGCGCAAUCUCAAAACCGGUGGUUUCAAAAUUGUUGAAAUGCUUUUCCGCUGCAACAUCUUGGCACUUGUCGGCGGGGAAUCCAAUUCCCACUAUCCUCCAAACAAAGUUAUAAUAUGGGAUGAUCAUCAAAGUCGCUGCAUUGGUGAAUUUGCAUUUAGGUCUGAGGUUCGAGCUGUCAAAUUAAGACGAGAUCGCAUUGUUGUGGUUCUGGAGCACAAGAUAUAUGUCUACGGUUUUAUGGAUCUUAAGCUUCUUCAUCAAAUUGAGACUUUGGCCAAUCCUAGGGGACUCUGUUGCCUUUCUCACCAUUCUAAUACAUCUGUAUUGGCUUGUCCUGGUCUUUAUAGAGGCCUGAUUCGAGUUGAACACUUUGGCCUUAAUAUCAUGAAACUAAUUAAUGCUCAUGAUUCUCAUAUUGCCUGCUUGACCUUGACACUCGAUGGCCUGCUUCUUGCAACUGCUAGUACCAAGGGCACCUUGAUAAGAAUAUUCAACACAAUGGAUGGAACUCGCUUACAAGAGGUGCGAAGAGGAGUGGACAGAGCAGAUAUAUAUAGCAUUGCCCUCUCACCAAAUUUCCAAUGGUUGGCUGUUUCGAGUGAUAAGGGCACUGUUCAUAUAUUUCACCUUCGAGUUAGAGUUUUUGGGGGCCAUUCAUCUUCUCAACCAUCUUCUGUCCAAGGUCCAGCAUUAUUGCAUCAGAAUUCUUCAACCUCACUUGAUGCACUUAUCCCUCCAAGCACUGGUGCCAACCCUAGUUCAUCCUUGUCUUUUAUGAGAGGGGUUUUACCAAAGUAUUUUAGUUCAGAAUGGUCAUUUGCUCGGUUUCACUUACCUGAAGAUACCCAAUUCAUUGCAGCAUUUGGAUCUCAAAACACUGUUGUUGUGGUUGGCAUGAACGGGAGUUUCUACAGGUGCAAUUUUGAUCCUGUUCAUGGGGGAGAAAUGUUGCAGCAGGAAUAUGUCCGGUUUCUGAAAACCAAAACUUGAAUACUGACAGAUGCUUCUGAUCUUGUAAACAUGGACCCUACAUCUAUCACAUGUACAUAUCUUGAAAUCUUUUCCUGAAACGAUGCAUCUUACUAUAUAGUGUGCAAGAAAUUGCUGUUCCAGGUACUUGUAUAUGGGUAAAUAAAUUGCUGGUAACGGCAAUAUUGCACUGAACUAAUUGGCUCAAUAUCAGUGACAUUUUUCCUGGUA